CAUCGACAAACAACACACAUUUGUACGCACACAUAUACAGAAGUACACAUUUUGCUCAGCUUGUUGUAACCGGCUAGCGAGCCUGUUGUCGAGUUGACACCCUCCCCAAACCUCGGCAGCGGCUGAGGUGCACAGUCGACAUGGCAAGGAAAUAUCGCAACAGUUUUCUGAAAAUGGAUGAACAUCUUCUAAAUAUUUUGGAAUGAUAUUCAUCACGCAAUGUGACCCAAAAUCCACAAUGUGUGAAGACAUUUAAGAACGAUUGAGUUCGGAAGAAAAAAAUCUUGAUUCCAGUGGAAUCUUCAAUAUAUAUAAAUAUAUAUUCAUAUAUAUUAUUAUAUUUUUCUUUGUGUUAAAGCUUACAUAUAAUUACACACAUCCCACUAACAUACAACCAUGCCUGUGCAAGCACCACAAUGGACAGAGUUCCUGCUGUGCCCAAUCUGCACACAGACAUUUGAGGAGACUGUUCGACGACCCAUUAGUUUGGGCUGUGGACAUACUGUCUGCAAGAUGUGCCUGAACAAGUUGCACCGAAAGGCCUGUCCCUUUGACCAGACAGCCAUCAACACAGACAUUGAGCAGUUACCUGUAAACACGGCUCUGCUGCAGCUGGUGGGAGGCCAGGUUCCUAAAGCUCAGCCUGUUGCCUUGAUUUCCAGUCCUGAGGACUCGCAGCAUUAUGAGGAGGCCAGGCAGUGUGUGGAGGAACUGGCUCUCUACCUCAAACCACUCAGUAACACCAGAGGUGUGGGUCUGAGCAGCACAGCCCAGAGCAUACUGAGUCGACCCAUGCAAAGGAAACUGGUAACCCUUGUCCACUGCCAGCUAGUGGAGGAGGAGGGCCGUGUCAGAGCCAUGAGAGCUGCCCGCUCUCUUGGUGAGCGCACCGUCACCGAGCUCAUCUUACAGCAUCAGAAUCCACAACAGCUCUCUUCCAAUUUGUGGGCUGCCGUUCGUGCACGGGGAUGUCAGUUUCUUGGCCCAGCAAUGCAAGAGGAGGCUUUGAAGUUGGUUCUUCUAGCUCUAGAAGAUGGUUCUGCUCUGUCAAGGAAGGUGUUGGUUCUCUUUGUUGUCCAGAGGCUUGAACCACGCUUUCCUCAGGCCUCUAAAACCAGUAUAGGUCAUGUGGUGCAGCUCCUCUACAGAGCCUCCUGCUUCAAGGUGACUAAACGUGAUGAAGAUUCAUCCCUGAUGCAGCUAAAAGAAGAGUUUCGUACUUACGAAGCUCUGAGGCGUGAGCACGAUUCUCAGAUUGUUCAGAUCGCCAUGGAAGGAGGGCUCCGAAUCGCACCAGAUCAGUGGUCUUCUCUCUUGUAUGGAGAUCAGUCUCACAAGUCACACAUGCAGUCUAUUAUCGAUAAGCUGCAGACCCCAGCAUCCUUUGCGCAGAGUGUCCAGGAAUUGACAAUUGCACUGCAAAGAACUGGUGACCCAGCCAACCUCAACAGACUGCGGCCACAUUUGGAGCUCUUGGCCAACAUUGAUCCCAGUCCUGAUGCCCCUCCUCCAACUUGGGAGCAGCUUGAAAAAGGUUUGGUGGCAGUGAAGACAGUGGUGCACGGCCUGGUGGACUUCAUCCAGAACCACAGCAAGAAGGGUGCUGACCCACAACAGCCUCCUCAGCACAGCAAAUACAAGACAUACAUGUGUCGAGACAUGAAGCAAAAAGGAGGUUGUCCUCGUGGAGCCAGCUGUACCUUUGCACACUCUCAGGAAGAACUGGAGAAGUAUCGUAAAAUGAAUAAACGUCUGGCAGCUCGCCUCCCUGGCCCAGGAGGACUCCUGUCAGAUGAAGGCCUUCCUCUUGAUGUAGCAGUAACUCGAAAACCGUCACCCCUUUCCAAUGGCAGUGUUGUUCCACCUUUGCCCCAGCUUAUUCCUCGUGGUACUGAUGCGGUUCCUUACGAGCUCUUGCGCAAACCAGUCAAAUUGGAUGCAGGAAGUCCCAGUGCCCCUGGAUCGCCACCAGAUGGUCUUGACCCUGUACCCAAAUCUGGGAUGUCGCUUCCACCACAUGCCAUGACCCAUCCCAGGAUGUCGGCCGACCACCUGUCUGGUGUAAGGCAUAUGCCAGUUGUACCCAGAGGUUCUCCAGUGUACCCACAUCAACAGCUUCCUGAGCUGCGCUAUGACACCCGUCCACCCUCUGUUACUCAGUGUGAAAACCCACAAUACCCUGCAGGAUACCCAUAUGAGCAGCCACCGCAGUACGUUCCUCGGGAUUACAUACGUAAUCCUCCCCCCCAAAAUGAGUCAGGACCUGCUUACCAGGAUGGUUAUGGUUAUGGUCACCCCGAGCGCCCCUACCAGGCCCCUCACGCAGGGUCAUCCUUCUCUUAUCCCCAUAUGCCUCAUGCCUAUGACCGAAAUCGCCAUGUAACCUACACUGGUCCACCACCUCCUCCACAGCCUUAUCCAUCUCAGCGGGAUAACCUGGAACCAAGUAGCAGGGACAGAUACCCACCAGAUGGCUACUAUCCUUCAAGUGUCCAGGCUCCACCUAUGAGGGGUUACGUCAGCAGGGGUCCGUCAUAUAGUGGUCCACCACUCAGUCUGGACUAUCUGCAUCGACGACGCCAGGAGCUGCUGUCUCAGCUUGAGGAAAGAAAGGUCAUCUCUCCACCACCAUUCGCUGCCUCACCCACUCUUUCUCAUUCCUUCCCUAGUGACUACCCCCCUGAGUAUGGCGAGGAGAACUCCAAAACCAUUGUGAAAUGCCGAGAACCUGAUUAUGCAGGACAGUACUCUCCCUGGUCCUGUGAAACUAUUGGCUCCUAUAUUGGCACAAAGGAUGCCAAACCCAAAGAUGUUAUGGUUUCUGGCACCAUGGAGAUGAUGAAUGUGGAGGCCAAGAGUCUUCGAGAACCUUCUUUAGAGGCUCCACGCAGGGGUGCAGAAGCAAAGGACGAUGACCCCAUAAUUCCAUUUGGCCCCCAGCCCACGGUAUCACGUUUUGGGGCCAUCUCACGCACCUCAAAGACAGGCUACCAGACCACCUGCCCAGUGCAGGCAAUGGCAACCGCUCCUCAGAAUCCUAAUUCAAAACAUAUGGCUAUGCCAGCUGCAGAAUAUACAUAUGGAAGCCAUGGAGGUUGGGGUGGAGCAGCAUACUCCUCCCACCAGCCUGCCACCUCCUCUCAGGGACACUUCAGUGAGCGCCUUCCCUUAGCAGCCCAAGACAGAGAACAGUUAAAAAUUGAGCUACAGCAGGUUAACCAGCAGAUCACCCAGCAGACCCAGAUGCACAGUAUGGAGGCUGCCAGUAAUUCUUUACUGCUGCAGAGAGAGGCCAGUGCAUUGGCAGGUCAGUCUGUGCAGUCCUGCCAAGGCCAGGCUGCAGUAGCAGCUCAGCAACAACAGACUAAGUGGCCAACAGGGGGAGCAGCUGCCUCCACUGUCUCCAGUGAACAGUUAAGCCUGGAGCUCCACCAGGUGGAGAGAGAGAUUGGGAAAAGGACCCGUGAGAUGGCUAUGGAAAACCAAGGACUACAUGACGUUCAGCAGUACAAGCUGAAACCUACAGAGAAUGGACAACCAGAGCACAAGGCUCAGCUGGAGGAAAUCUCCAUGGCUCUUGGUGAGGUGUCAAAUGGCUCCAGCAGUCUGCAAGAAAGUGCUGUAGGCGGGUCCAUGCUGUCACUGACCAAUAAGACGUCUGCAAUGAGCUUGUGUUCCGAACCAGGUGCC